CCGAGGGGAUUGACAUUGCAUUUGUAUGUAUUACUUACUUGUGCAACCCUCUUUUUGGACGAGAGACUCACGGUGUACCUUCUACUCCCAGAUCGGCCCCUUUGAUCUCGCGACGUCCAUGAACGUCGAGUUUGGAGGCGAGGAACACGAAGCGGCGAUGGCCAAAGUCGUGACUGCCUGCAAGAAGGCGGGCAAAGUGGCUGCCAUAUUCUGUAUGCCAUCUGCCGCCUCGCUUUCCCAUGUGCCAGUGACCAAUCCUUCCCAGGCUUGAACGGAGACCAAGCGGAGAAGCGCUUCGAGCAAGGGUUCCAGAUGGUCAGCGUCACAACUGAUAUCGACACGCUCGUGGCGGGCUUCGCUACCGAGCUGGCAAAGGUGAACGGAAACGCAAAGUCCGCUGCAACCGGUGGAUAUGGAUACUGAAAGUAUUAGACGUUGAAGAAGGAGAAUGUAUGUAACUUACUUGUAACCGUGACGGCAGAUGACCGGUCUGCCUUCGAACGCAAUGUCACCAGGCCGUCUGGCUGACCUGUGCCGGGCCGUGCACGACUUCUACGAACUUCAAAAAGUGCUUCGGCA